AUGAAUCUCUCAGCAGAACUGGAGCUUGUCCCAUUUGAGAAACGUGAGCAAGUCAAGGAAAGUUUCAUGAAUUUAGUUGAACGUGAUCUUCUUUGUAAUCGAUUGAAUUCAAGAUGGUGGAAUACUGAAAGGCCAACUUCAUGUCUUAAUAUCACAUUUAUUACGAAAGAGAAAAGAAAAAUCGUGCAAAUUCAAUUUGUAGAAGAACAAAUAUUCAAAAUAGUGGAGCAGCAAGCUGAAAUUUUAUUUCCCAACCGCAAGUGGAGGAUGUUUUGUGGUUUCAAGAACGAAGAAAACAUCGAAUUCACAAAUUCUGAACAACUUCGCGAGUCCAUAAGACAAUCACCAAUGAUUGGGCUCUCUUACCUUUUUAUACGUCUCGAAAGAAGUGAUCAUGAUUCCCGUAAUUGCUCAAUUUCCUAG